AUAAUCAUAACAUUACUAAUUGUGUAGAAGUACAAUUAGGUACAAGAAAAAUUAUUAGGAAGUUAUAAACAUAUAUACAUAGUGGAAAGGGAAAAAAGUUACAUAACAAAAUCCUAUUGAUGUGUUCAUGAAGGAUAAUGCUUUGUUGUGCAGAGUUGCAGUGUUGUGCACAAGCCUGUAAUUCAGAAUGCGGAAGGACACAUUUGCUGAAUUACAAAGUUGAGUAAUAGUUUACCGACCAAGUAGAAUAAAAAAAUAGAUCGUCUUCUGUAAGAGCACAUACAUGUAGCUCUGCUGUCAACCAUAUGUCGUAGAAAUUCACGAUGUUGUACCACCAUUGAUCUCGAAUGCUGGCAGUGACCAGGCAAGUGCAGGAGGCGUGAACAAAUACAUUCGUGAAGGGUUUUUGACACAAUAAGCAAACGUGUAGUACGUUGUGUUUCCGGAUAUUUGAGACUAUAAAUGGGUUCUCUCGUCAAUUUGAAAAUCGUUCUGGUCUUGACAUCAUUGUGUGCUAUGACGUCAUCAUCUCGAUACGAACUCCGCAAAAAUCUUCUACAAAACUAUGAAAAAGGAAUGUGGCCAAACGAUACCGCAACGGUUGUUGCACUUGACUUCAACGCUUACCGCUUAAUAGAAUUCGACGAUAAACAUGGGAAAUUUUCAAUAAGUGGGUACCUUGAGGUUCAAUGGGAAGAUCCAAGGAUUGCCAAAAACUGGAAUCGUUCAGUACAUAAGUCACCAGAGAUUCAAACCAUGUACUUCAGCGAAUCAGAAGUUUGGACACCGAAUAUUCUUCAAGUGAAUCCACACAGCCGAUUUGAUGUUGAAAAAAUGUACGAAAAAUCGGUUAUGUUUUUAUCGAAUGGAUCAGCAAUGAUGUUGAUAGGAGAUAUAUUUACAUCGGAAUGCAAAGCAGAUUCCACUUAUUUCCCUUACGACACUCAAAACUGCUCCAUUGAGCUGGUAGUCUAUGGGCAUUAUUUGGAGGAGGUUGUUCUGAUUCCACUACAGACCAAAGUUAACAUGGAUUUUUAUGAGAGAAACAACCUCUGGGACAUGAAAGACACUAGAAUCAGAACUAUCGUCCGUAGCAAAUUGGGAGUGUUAUCGCUGUCAUCUCUUAACUUUGAAUUUGAAAUUCGACGCCGUCCUGUAUACUAUGAACUCUUUCUGAUCAUGCCGAUAAUUCUGAUGGAAAUUCUGCAGCUUUUCAGUUUUAUGCUGCCGUGGGACAGUGGCGAGAGGUGCAGUUUUUCUGUCACUGUCCUCCUUUCCAUAGCUAUAUAUCUAACCAUAGUCACAGAUCAAAUUCCAAAAUCUUCAGAACCGAACAUUUCUAUCUUGGCAAAAAAGAUUUUCACGGAUCUUUGCAUCGGGUGUGUUGUACAAAUAUUUGUCAUCAUCAGUCUGUAUACCUACAAUCUAAGUCAACUCAGGAACCAGAAUAUUCCUAAAACAUGUUGUCGGGGUCUGCUGACUUGGGCGCAGAAAAAGGACUGGGUAUUCAUAGGGCAUUGGCUGGAUGUGAUGUUUGUUGUUUUAGCAAUUGUUGCUAUUUUGGUGUCCAGUUCAUACCUACUGAAUGACCUGUUCUCUGGGAUUACGAUAUAAAUUGAUUGUUUGUUUUACGUCCCAUCGAGAAUUUUUCACUCCUAUUGGAGACAUCACCAGCUGUAAGUGAAGUACCACAAAUUUAGACCUAUGGUUAUUGCUCAGGGUCAUAGUAGUGAGGGUUCGUUAUCGUGCCAACACCUGUCGUGACACGGGACCUUAGGUUUUAAGGUCAUAUCCGAAAGUUCCGUGAAUCUCACUUCUAAAUGCCGAGCGUUUGGCGAAAGACUUAGAGCAUAUCACUACCUAUGUUAACGUCUUAGGUUUGACGCGGCCAUGGCAUGAGCAGGUCUCGAACUCACGACCUCCCGGUUAUGAAGCGAACGCUCUACCACUGAGAUACCGCGAUCGGUUGAUUACGAAAUUUAAAAAAAAUAUGAUUACAAAAUAAAAAAUUUAUUCAUGGGACCCAACGAUUUAUCGUGUCCGUUUGUAAUCCACUAAUCACAGACAAUUGCAUCGCCUGGGGGUCGAAUUUACUAUAUAUAUACUCUCUAUAAUGUAAAUUCGACCCCCAAGCGAUGCAAUUGCCUGUGCCACUAAUAUGAUAAUUCAGUACUCAACAAUGCGCAUACAAAUUUUCGUUUUAGAGAGAUUUAUGGUCCAAAAAUUUCUGUUUAGUCUCCUGUACUGACUAUCGGAAUAUAGUGUGACUUUUGCUCGAACAAAUCUUUCUACGUUUUUAAUUGCUCGUCUAUAAUUCAUUAUACCCUGAAGAUGUAAAUAAUAAGCAUUUCACACUGAAAGCGAUUAAAAACCUUUAUCGAUGAGAACGAUGAGUAACACUAAAUUUUGACGAGCAUGAUAACUCUUGAUCAAACUCUACAUUUCAGCCUUAACAUUAAAUUUGAGUCAUUCAGGCUGCUGGUUGACCGAUUUCAUUUCAAAUGAGGAAUAUUUUAAAAACACUAUGCCGAGAUGCAAUGGUACCUAGAAGCACCGCCGCAAGCUACGCCUAUUGUCUCCGUUUACACAACGUCAAAUGCCGUGUUUAAUUCUCGACUUCAUGAAUAUUGUGUUCAUUAGUCAAGCAAUCAGUGAGCUUCUAUGAUUUCGGGGGGGGGGGGGGUGAAAAUAAAAUAAAUGGGAGGUCAUUGCAUGCUCGUAGCGGAACAAUCCGAGAAUUGCUGAGUGAGAACAACUGGACACCUUUUAGCUGUUGUAAACAAUGGACACUUCUUUGUUGCUUCAUCGGUGUAAUACCAUAUGAUAUGCGUAACCACGCCGCUCUCUUUAAAUAACUGUCUGAUCAACUCUAGUCUUUCCGAAUUCAAGACUUCCACUUUACUCCGAAUUUCCUCAUCAAGUUUGAGAAUACGAUUAAGUUUAUUAACACAGAAUUUAAAAGCAUAACCACUGCUGUUAAUGCCAAUUUCAUUUAACAAAUACUUAUGACCUUUCCUUGGUUCUGUAAACGGGGAUUUGUAGCCUUUUUUGUAAACAAAUACUGCACGUUUUAGUUAUUCUAGUACAUUAAAAUAUCGGAAAUCUAUUCUUGAGACUGUGAUUGUCAUUUCAGAAAUAUUCAUGAAAAUUGAGGGUUUCUUUGAUCAUGCAGCCACGGAGCGGUUUGAGGUAGGGUAUAUACUAGCGAACUCAGUAACCGUGGCUAGCGACUAUGUAGUAGAAGCCCUCAUUUUUAAAAUUUGUGUAACAUCAUUUGCAAAGGGUAUAAAGCUUACUUGUGUUUACCACACUCGUCACGGACAGUCAGCUCUGCUUCUUUCCGGUGAAAAUAUGACAAACAACCGCUGAUUAAUUUGCGCGGGAUGACCUAAUUGUAUAUUGAUUGACGGGGUUUCGAAAAAUAGAAUUACUGUACUUGUAUAUUGUGAAAAUUAGUCAUCUGUUGAAGUGUUCUACAAAAUUCAUAUUGUGUG